AUGCAUCUUUAUUCCAUUCAAAAGCCCUGUGUGGUCAAGAAGUAUUUGGAGGAGGUGAAAGCAGGCGGCAUCAUCAUAAAGUCGGAUGCAUUGCUUCCAAAUGAUAUCAUAAGAUAUGUAAAAGAUAAGGAUAUUGGGGAAACAGCUGAGAUUCAGUGGAAGGCAAUGAUGGAGAACAUAUACCAGGGGGAGGAGAACAAAUUUAAGAACUGCUUGGCAGUGUGUAACAUCACCUACGCCAUGAGCGCAGCACCAGUCGCAGAAUUGGCGGCAAGUUUGGGAAUUUUGGUGUCUGAAUUGAGUGAAGAGCCAGCAUGGAAAGGAAAGGUGAUCACUCUGGGUCCAUUGCCUGAUAAGCUGCCGCUGCUGCAUUCGAUACAAGGCAGUGAUCUCAAGUCCAGGUACGACUUUGUGAUCAGCACAUGCAGCAACAGGUACCGCGAGGGUGUUGAUUUUGAUCAGGUGUGUGAUUUGAUUCUGGAAGUGGCUGUGAAUAAUAACUUGAAGGCGGAGCAGAUGAUCAAGAAGGUGUUUGUAAUCACCGACUCCGUAAGAUUUGGUGGUUGCAGCACAUCCUGGAAGACUCUGUAUGAGGCAAAACGCAGCAAGUUUAAGGAGCAAGGUUACGGGGAUGAUGCGAUGCCACACAUUUUGUUUUGGAAUAUUUGGGACAUAGCGGGGUUUAUGCAUUAUGUAGAAGAACCUCAUCCAGGAGUGACCCUCCUGAUGGGAAGCUCGAAGACAUUGAUCAAGUCCUUCUUGGAUAAUGGUGGGGAAAUUGGCCGGCAUCAGCUCCUGGAAGCAGCCAUUGCCAACAAAGAGUAUCAAACUCUCUGUGUGGUCGACUGA